AUGUUCCGCGGACGCCGUGCUUGGUUCUCGCAGAGCGUCAGCCCGGGCCCGCGGGGGCUCUGGGCGGACGGUGGCGGGACGAUCACCCACUGGCUGGAUGCCGAGUACCUCUUCAGCAGCGACGCCUCUCACCCCGACACCCGCAGCAUACACGAGAGCCUCAGUUACUUGGAGGGCAGAGCCACGGUCUUUCACUCCUGUUACCUCUCAGUGUGUGCAGACACUGGCACCGGAGAGAAGCCCCCAGUGGUUCUGGGCCACUUCGUCCUGCCUCCUGCCUGCCUGCAAGAAGAAAUCAGAAGGAAAAUUGGCUGGUUUAUUUGGGAGAAGGCAGAUGCCCUUGAAGAACAGCCCAAUGAACAUACGGCAGAGGAACCAGAAGUGGCAAGAAAUGGCAGUGAGGAAGAAACAGGGGAGGAAGUGCUAGACCUGGCUGAGAGUGAAGAAACAGACUCUGAAGCACCUGCCCAGGGAGAAUUUCCAUACCGUGCCCUCCAGGAAUACCCAAAAAAUAACAUGGUGACAGGCUAUGCCUCUGCACGGGACAUGAAGAAAUACGAGGGGGAACUCCAUGACUUUAUCCCUGGCACCUCAGGCUAUGCAGUGUACUGGGUUCAAAGCAAAUUAAGCAUUUACUGCAAGACCAAAAAGAAGAGGAAAUUUUAAGGAACAGGUGGUUGGAGCAGCAAAAACUUCACUGUAAGAGCUGCCAGAUGAUUUAUAAAUUAUCUGACUGCAGCUCAGAGUUUUCAAUGUGUUAUUUAAGUACUGGCUACAGUUAUUACAGUAUUUGCUUCUUUAAGUAACUACUUAAACUAAAUUUCACAACAAACAUAAAUACAGACAUUCCUUCUCAAAACACAAAAUAUUUUGUUUUUAUUCCGGGGUGAGGUGGUGG